AUGGUUACGAGAGACAGAGUUGAGCGACUCAAGGAUUCGAUUCACUGCUCGAAUGCUUUUGGGGUCUCAAGUCAAGGUCGUUCUGGUGGUCUUUGUGUUUUCUGGAGGGAGGAGAAAAUUAGUUUUAACCUCGUUUCCUUUUCCCAACAUCAUAUAUGUGGGGAUGUGGUAACAAAUAACGGUGUGGAGUGGAGAUUUGUGGGACUUUAUGGAUGGGCGGAGGGGUCUAUGAAACAUCAGACGUGGACUCUUAUUCGUCAUUUAUGUGAGGAGACGGGGCUUCCUAUUAUUUUUGGGGGAGAUUUUAACGAGAUAUUAUCCUAUGAUGAGAAGGAAGGGGGAGCGAAUACUGAACGAAGGGAAAUAACACAUUUUCGUGAAGUGAUGGAUUCAUGCAGAUUGCGAGAUCUUGGCUAUGAGGGCCAGUGGUGGACAUGGGAACGGGGGAGGUCUAGUAAUACACGGGUAAGGGAAAGAUUGGAUAGGUUUGUGGCGACGUCGGACUGGCUGGAGUUGUUCCCACAGGCUACUGUAACACACUUAUUACGCUAUAAGUCGGAUCAUUGUCCCAUAGUGGUUCGCCUUUCACCUCGAAGGAAGCACCAGGGAGCUGGCCGUAGGGGCUUUAAAUUUGAGACGGCUUGGCUAUUGGAGGAGGGGUGUGAGCGGACUGUGAAGGAGGCGUGGGAGCAAGGAGCGGGCAAGAAUGUGGUGGCGAGGAUUGAGGAGGUGGCGGGGGGUUUAUUGCGGCGGAGUGGUAAAAGCUUGAAUAAUUUGGCGAAGCAGGUGGAGCAGACCGAAAAGGCCCUUAAGGUGGCGCAACAAAGAAGAAUCACACAAGAUAGCUGUAUGGAGUGCAAUAAUCUUGAAACAAAGCUGGAUGAUCUGAUUAGUAAACAGGAGGCCUACUGGUAUUUGCGGUCGCGUGUAUCGGAAGUUAGGGAUGGGGACAGAAAUACGAACUAUUUUCAUCACAAGGCCUCCCAACGACGGUCCCGUAACAAGAUGAAGGGUCUUUAUGAUGAGGAAGGUGUAUGGCAGGAGGAUGAGGAUAAGCUGGAAGAAAUAGUAGUGUCCUAUUACAGUAAGUUGUUUUCUUCGACGGAGCCUAGGGUACCUGAUACGCAGCGUGUCUUACAGCAUAUGGGAAGAUGUGUCUCGCAUGAAAUGAAUAUGGAGCUGACGAAACCGUACACAAAAGUUGAGAUUUUUGAGGCACUCCAGCAAAUGCACCCAUGUAAAGCGCCCGGCCCGGAUGGUAUCCAUGCACUUUUCUUUCAAAAAUUCUGGCAUAUAGUAGGUGACGAACUGUCCGAGUUUGUGAUUGAUAUUUUGCAUGGCUCUGUCAUUCCUGAGUAUGUCAACAACACCAACAUUGUCAUGAUUCCUAAAAUAAAAGAUCCUACCGAAGUAGCUCAUUAUAGGCCUAUCAGCUUAUGUAAUGUGGUGUAUAAAUUAGUUUCCAAAGCUAUGGUUAUCAGACUAAAAAAUAUUCUCCCUGAACUGGUCUCUGAAAAUCAAAGUGCGUUUGUCCCUGGAAGACAAAUUACAGAUAAUGCACUAAUAGCUAUGGAAUUGUUCCAUAGUAUGAAGUAUAGGAAUAAAUGCAGGAGAGGUGUGAUUGCUAUGAAACUAGAUAUGAGUAAGGCAUAUGAUAGGGUGGAAUGGGGUUUUCUGCAGAAAUUGUUGCUGACAAUGGGGUUUGAUGGUAGAUGGGUGAAUCUGAUAAUGAAUUGUGUUUCAUCAGUAAACUACUCUUUUGUGAUUAAUGGCCGAGUGAAAGGUGCAGUGAGGCCUUCUCGGGGGCUUAGGCAGGGGAAUCCCCUAUCCCCCUACCUGUUCAUACUAGUAGCAGAUGCUUUUUCUCGUAUGCUUCUUUCUGCAGUUCAGGAAAAAAGAAUUCACGGAGCAAGGGCGAGUCGAGGUGGGCAGGAGAUUUCUCACCUUCUUUUUGCAGAUGACAGUCUACUUUUUGCAAGGGCUAACCGACAGGAAUGCUUAGAAAUAGUUGAUUUACUCAACAAAUAUGAAGCAGCAUCUGGGCAGAAAAUAAAUUAUGAUAAGUCGGAAGUUUCCUUCAGCAAAGGGGUUAGUACUACACAAAAAGAAGAAUUGAUGAAUCUUUUGAAGAUGAGACGAGUGGAUAGACAUGAGAAGUAUCUGGGGAUUCCUACUGUGGCGGGGAGAUCGAAAAAAGCUGUUUUUGGAGCUCUUUUGGAUAGAAUUUGGAAGAAAUUGCAGGGCUGGAAGGAAAAGUUGUUAUCACGAGCAGGGAAAGAAGUUCUUUUAAAAUCGGUCAUUCAGGCAAUGCCUACCUACCUGAUGGGAGUGUACAAGUUCCCAAGCUGGGUGACAAAUGCUAUCUCGACGGCUAUGGCACGCUUCUUCUGGGGACAAACUGAAGGGAGGCGACGGGUGCAUUGGAGGAGCUGGAAAUCCAUGUGUGAGCUCAAAUGUCUGGGUGGUUUAGGGUUCAAGGAUCUAGAGGUCUUCAACGAUGCGUUACUUGGGAGGCAAGCUUGGAGGAUAAUGAAGGGGGAUAAUACACUUCUUGGCAAGGUCAUGAAGGCCAAGUACUACCAUCAGAGUACUUUUCUGGAGGCAUCACUUGGCUAUUCUCCGAGUUUUGCAUGGAAAGGCAUUUGGGGCGCUAAAGCACUAGUUAAGGAAGGGAUGAUUUGGCGAGUGGGGAAUGGUGAGAUGAUUAAUGUGUGGCGGGACCCGUGGAUUGCGGAUGAAGAUGGGAGAUUUAUCUCUAGUCCUAUGGUUGAUAAUGUCCGACAGGUUAAAGAUUUGAUGAUGGCCGGAUCAUCGACGUGGAAUAUAGACCUUAUAACUCGAGUCUUUAACGAAAGAGAUACAAAAUGUAUUCUUGCUCUCCCUCUAAGUGAACAAAGCAAGGAGGAUGUUAUCACAUGGGCUUUCACAAAAGACGGUGUCUAUUCGGUCAAGACGGCCUAUAUGCUCGGGAAGAUGUUUAAUCUAGAUGGAUUUCAUGAGGCAUGGGUGAAGCUGUGGAAAGUAGAGGUCUCCCCAAAAGUCCGGUUGUUUUUAUGGCGCCUCUGUACGGGCACUUUACCUACCCGUGCGCUGCUGCACUACAGACAUAUGCUUGAACACAACUGCUGCUCAUGGUGUGGGGAGGAGGAGACGGUAUCGCAUGCACUGUUUCUUUGUCCUCGGGUCACGGAUUUAUGGAGCGAGAGUGGGUGCGAGCAGCUCAUUGAUGGUGUAGCACAAAAAUCGAUGCAGGAGGUUGUGGCGAGCUGGGCUACAUCGGCCGAAAAGCUGCACAGGAGAGCGAUGCUCUUAGCGUGGCAUAUCUGGAUGGAACGAAACGCAAAGGUAUUUAACAAUGCUCACACAGCCAACCCAAUUCUCUUAGCAAGAGUUCAGCGAGCCAUAGAGGAGCAUGAUAAAUAUGCGAAGAGAAUCUAUGGAUUGCAAAGUAGGGGUGGUGUGGAGAGCGCAAAAAUCUGGAAGGCUCCCUUGCGAGGGGUGGUUAAGCUAAAUUGUGAUGCUUCUCUUGCUUGUGAAGGAUGGGUGGGGUUGGGAGUUGUAGCAAGGGACAGUGAUGGAAAAGUCUUAUUUGCAGCUUCGAGGCGUGUGCGAGCGCAUUGGCCUGUGGAAAUAGCGGAAGGGAAGGCGAUUCUCAUGGCGGUUCGGCUGGCAAGAAGAUUCGGAUAUGCAAAUGUGGUGCUGGAAUCGGAUAGCAAAGUACUUAUUGCGCGUCUCUCGAAAGCCAUGGUCUAUUUCUCCGACUUAGAUGCUGUUUUAGAUGAUAUUCUAAUGUCUAGUAGUUGUUUUAACUCUUUGAGUUGGUCUCAUGUUAAAAGGGAUGGCAAUGCUGUAGCUCAUCACCUUGCAAAGAUAGUACCUUUUGGGAUAGAACAAGUAUGGGAAAACCAUAGUCCUAUGGAGGUUGAACCAUAUGUUUUUAUGGACUUUUUGUCUAAAGAUGAAUGA